AUGUGGGGUAUAUCUUAUUGUGCGAUAGUGGCUGUGCUGCUCUGCGUGGCCUGGGCGGCGCCCCACGACGGGGACCACGCCGGUCACACAGAAGACCACCACCAUCACCUCCACCACGCCGCCGGCGAGGCCCACCCCCAGCACGGACACGGCCACGGGGACGAAGAGUCCUGCCACAAGCUGGCGCCCCACAACGCAGACUUCGCCUUCGCCCUCUACAGGAGCCUGAGCAAAGCCAACACCGAGAACAUGAACAUUUUCUUCUCUCCUCUGGGCAUUGCCACUAGCCUGGCUAUGCUGUCCCUUGGGGCUAAGGGAGACACCCACAGUCAGCUGUACUCCACUCUGGGCUACGGAACCUUCACACCGGACCAGGUGAACAAGGCCUAUGAGCACCUGAACCACAUGUUGGGCCACACUGGGGAGGCCAUGCAGCUGGACAUGGGCAAUGCCUUGGCCUUGAGGGACGGCUUCAAGCCCCUGGCCAAGUUCCUGGAGGACGCUAAGCACUUCUACGCCAGCGAAGGCUUCACUGUCGACUUUAAGAACCCCGCUGAGGCUGCCGCCGAGAUCAACAAGUUCAUCGCCAAGAAGACCCAGGACAAGAUCACGGACAUGGUGAAGGAUCUGGACCCUGAUACGGCCAUGGUGCUCAUCAACUACGUCUUCUUCAGAGGUAGGAGGAGGACACUGUAGUAGGAGAAAAUGGUCAGGCACUUAUUGUUGGAUUUAAGAACAAUGAUAGAAUACACAUCAUUGAUCAAUUGACUGACUGACUGACUGACUGACUGACUGACUGACUGACUGACUGACUGACUAACUGAUUUCCACACACGGUAAACAGAAGAUGUGUCAAUAAAGAAUUAAAAGAAAAUGUAUGCAGGACAAACCAAAAACAAUAUAGGCUAAUAACAUUGUCUGUUUCUGCUUGCAUGUUUACUACCCCUUAGUAACAAUGUCCUCUACCUCCCUCCCCAGGGAAGUGGGAUAAGCCUUUCGAUGCCACGCUGACCCACAAGGCUGACUUCAAGGUGGACGAGAACACCAAGGUGCAGGUGGACAUGAUGAAGAGGACGGGUCGUUAUCAGUUGUACCAGGACCAGGAUAACUUCACCACCGUGGUCAUGCUGCCUUACAAAGGCAACUCCUCAAUGAUGGUGGUCCUGCCCAACGACGGCAAGAUGGAGCAUGUGGAGGCCUUCAUCAACAAGGACUACCUGAAGCACGUGCACGAGCAUCUAUUCAGGACGUGAGAACACCUGAUUUUAUACACUUUUCUAAUGUAACUUUCUUUAUUAAUUCAUGGUAUACGGUCACUUUAGUACUGCAGCCUCUUUAGGAGUUAAGGAGAGUAGAUUGUUUAGAACUUUUUUUAUUGGACACCUUUUCAGUAUAACGCAACCUAUUCUUUAUGUAUGAUUUAUUUGUAUCUAUUCUUAACAUAAGGUCAGGGUAGUUUGUUAAUCAACUGACAAGACCAAGUUUGCAAUGAGUAUCAGAUUGUAACAUAUAAAGAGAUUCUUAAUGCAGAUUAAACAUUUUAAUGUGGCUUGCAUUUGCAAGCAGCAGGAUCAUGCACGUUUCUUUGUGCUGAUAGUAUAAACUGAGUAUAUGAAAAUGAUAAUGUCUCUUUCAGCAACGUGGAUAUCUUCAUGCCAAAGUUCUCUACCUCUACCUCCUACUCCCUGGGAGACCAUCUGAAGGACAUGGGUGUGGUCAGUGCCUUCGGUAACACAGCUGACUUCUCUGCCAUCUCUGAGGAAACCAAACUGAAGGUGUCCAAGGUGGGUUCUGAUGAUCAGUCCUAUCCAUCUCAUGUCUGUCUCUUCUCUUGUCUGUCUGAGGGAAUUGGGAGCAAAAUAGAAGAAGAAUGUCUGUCUCUGUUGGACUACUAAGGGUCUAUUCCAUUCUAUUAUAUUCUAUUAUGUGUAUAGGCCACGUAGGGGACAGUGGUGUCAAGUUCAACAAAUUAACAUGUUCCUGUUCCCUCCCCAGGUUACCCACAAGGCUGUGCUGAGUGUAGAUGAGAAGGGGACUGAGGCGUCCGCUGUCACUACGACAGAGAUCAUGCCCAUGUCUCUCCCAGACACCAUCAUGCUCAACAGGCCCUUCCUGCUCUUCAUCCUGGAGGACUCUACCAAGAGCAUCGUCUUCAUGGGCAAGGUCACCAAUCCCAGCCCCAAAUGA